AUGGCAGAGGCUCUCGGAAUUGUCUCUAGUGUUAUUGCAGUUAUUGAUUCUUCUGUCAAAGUUGCCUCACAGUGCUCCGAAUACUAUAAAAAUGUAUGGAAUGCUCAAGUCGAUAUCAAACGUCUCCAAAGUGAGACUCAAGAAUUAAAAGCAAUACUUGAGAAAGUUCAUUCAAUAUGCAAUACCGGUAGUUCAGAUGGUGUAAGACUGCAAGAUCCGCAGGGCUUGCGUAAGGGAGUCGAAGACUGCCAGGAGCAACUCCGCCAGCUGGAGGCAAAGCUCGAGCCUCGAGGGAAAAACAAAUUAAUGAGUCGCUGUGGUAUACGCGCCUUGAGAUGGCCUUUCAAGAGUAACGAGGUGGAUAGUAUCAUAGAGAAACUCGGAUAUUGCAAGGACAACAUAUUUUCCAGUCUCCAAGUCGACCAAGAGGUGCCAAUUCUUAACAUCCAUCAAAAAAUCGUACUUGAUAAACUGCAAUCUGUCAAAAAUGCCGCAUUUGAAUCCCACGAUGAAGAACACAAUGCCCGAUGCUACCAAGGCACACGAGCGGAACUCCUUCGACGCAUAUACAGCUGGGCUAGCAAUCGAAACAGCGAUCGCAUAUUCUGGCUAAAUGGAAUGGCUGGCACUGGCAAAUCUACAAUCGCUCGCACCGUGGCCCGAAACUUUUCAGUCAAGGGAGAGCUCGGUGCCAGUUUCUUCUUUAAGAGGGGUGAAGGCGACCGUGGCCACGCAGGAAUGUUUUUUGCAACAAUUGUCACUCAGCUCGUCAAAAAACUACCUUCCUUAGCACAACAUGUCCGAGAUGCGAUCGAAGCUGACCCAGGAAUCUCUAGGAAGGCUCUGAGGCAACAAUUCAACGCACUUGUCUCGCGACCGUUAUGGAAGUUACAAAUCGAUCCUCAGAAGUCUUGCCGCAUAGUGAUUGUGGUUGAUGCUCUUGACGAGUGCGAUCAAGAAGAGGACGUUGAAACUAUCAUUAGCCUUUUCUCACAAGUGCUACACACAUCAGCACAUGUCCUAUUCUUUUUGACAAGCAGGUCAGAGAAUCCGAUUCGCUUGGGCUUUGAGAAUAUAUACUGUCAAUAUGCAAGAUUGAAUCUCUAUCAAAUUUCAGAGUCAAUUCUUAAGGCGGAUAUUUCUUUAUUCCUAGAACACGAACUGGCAGUAAUCCGAGAAGAUUACAACAAAUCAGUCACUCAAAGCCGGCAAUUACGCGCGAAUUGGCCAGGUCACGAAGUUGUUCAAAAUUUAGCCGGAAUGGCCUUGCCAUUAUUUAUUUUUGCUACAACUGUCUGCCGGUUCGUCAAUGACCGAAAAUGCGGCCAACCGAAGGAUCAGCUUGCCAAGGUUCUGAAAUACCAGGAUAGAAACCAAGCGUCUAAACUUGAUGCAAUGUAUCUUCCAGUCCUAGAUCAUUUACUCGUCGGAGUUACUCUUUCAGAGAGAACAGAUCUAUUAGAAGACUUUAAGCAAGUCGUUGGAUCAAUCGUCAUUCUUGCUAGCCCUCUUUCCGCUACUUCUCUCGAUCGACUCCUUGGAGUUCCUGAAGGUACAGUCGACAGCAGAACAGAUCUCCUCCACUCCGUUCUAAGCAUCCCCUCUCGUUCUGAUCACCCUAUACGACUGCUCCAUUUGUCGUUCCGGGACUUUCUCACUGAUACUGAGAAGCGCGAGACGAAUCCCUUUUGGGUUGACGAGAAAGAUACCCAUAAGAAGUUAGCGACCCGAUGUAUUGAACUCUUAUCGACGGGCGAACAUCUCAAAAAAGAUAUUUGCAAUCUUCGGACACUAGAAAAACCACGAGCAGAUAUUGAUAAACAAACGAUAGAUUUUCACCUACCAUCCGAAAUUCAAUAUGCUUGCCAGUAUUGGGUAUACCACUUGAAGGGAAGCGGAAGUAGUAUAUACGAUGGCGAUCAGGUCCACAAUUUCCUCAAGUGUCAUUUUCUUCACUGGCUUGAAUCAUUAAGCUUGAUUGGUAGGCUACGAGAAAGUAUUGGUAUGGUAGAGAGCUUGAUGGCUAUAAUAGACCCAAUAAAAGGCAGCGAAAUAUCUAAGUUCUUCUACGAUGCAAAGCCCUUUAUCCUCAACUACUACUCUAUAAUAGACUCGUCGCCCCUCCAACUCUACUCCUCUGCACUUAUCUUCGCCCCAAAAGAAAGCAUCAUUCGAGAUACGUUCCAUAAUUACACUCCUGAUUGGAUUCUACAAGAACCAAAUACAGAUCUGGAAUGGAAUGCAAUUAUUCAGACACUCAAAGGGCAUAGCAAUUGGAUUCAUUCGAUCGCUUUCUCAGCCAACUCGAAGCUACUGGCGUCAGCAUCGCGUGAUUAUACAAUCAAGAUCUGGGAUGCAACUACAGGCAUGCUACAGCAAACGCUCGAAGGGCAUAGUGGUUCGGUUCGCUCGAUUGCUUUCUCAGCUGACUCGAAACUACUAGCGUCGGCAUCACGCGAUCAUACAAUCAAGAUCUGGGAUACAAUCACAAAUACACUGCAGCAGACGCUUAAGGGGCAUAGCGAUUGGGUUAACUCGGUCACUUUCUCGGCCAACUCGAAGCUACUGGCGUCGACAUCACACGAUCACACAAUCAAGAUCUGGGAUGUAGCUACAAGCACACUACAGCAGACGCUCGAAGGGCAUAGUGGUUCGGUUCGCUCGGUCACUUUCUCAGCCGACUCGAAACUGCUAGCAUCGGCAUCGCGUGAUCACACAAUCAAAAUCUGGGAUACAGCUACAGGCAAAUUGCAACAGACGAUCGAAAAGUAUAGCAAUUGGGUUAACUCAAUCGCUUUCUCGACCAACACGAAGUUGCUAGCAUCAGCAUCGGACGAUCACACAAUCAAGAUCUGGGAUAUAGCUACAGGCACAUUGCAGCACACACUCGAAGACCAUAUUGGCGCAAGAAAUCUAUCAUUUGAUAUCACAAACUCAAUCUUAAUUACAGACAUUGGCUGCUUUAGGUUAAAUAUAAACAGCAACAUCCCUUUGCCUUCAUCUUCUCGAGCAAUAAAUAGUAGAAGCCGCUGUCAAGGAUUAAGUAUCAAUGAGUCUUGGGUAAUAUGGAAUGGCCAGAACCUUCUUUGGUUACCACCCGACUUCCGGCCUGAAAUCUUUACUAUCUCGCACACCGGCUCGAAACUCGCCAUUGGAUGUCAAUCUGGGAGAGUUUUUAUUAUCGGAAUAAAUGAUCCAUAUAAUGAUAAUCUUUGA